AUGGCAGGAAUCCUAUCAUACGUCCCAAUCGUCAACAGGCUCAUCGGAGACGACUCGCAAGCUAUCGACAUCCCUCCCGUCGAAGUCCACAACGUCGAGACCGACCCCGAGAAGCGCGCGCGAUGCCUUAAGCACCUCUUGAGGGCGAACCACGCCAACCAUGCCAUUCUCUACCACAACCUCGAGUUUCACAACCAUGCGCCGCACAUCCUCGGCUCGGCGUACCUGCUCGGCGCAAACGACAAGCAGCUCCAAGACCUCUACGAGAUCGAGACGAAAGAGCUGGAGCCAUGGACGGAGUCGCCCGAUGAGGUCACCGAGGACGACUGGCGAGACUUCCUGGGCGACAAGAGGUAUCAGAGGGCAUACGUUGACUUCUUUGAGGACGAGCUGGCGCUACGCUGCGGGUACGAUUGGAAGAAGGUCGUGAAUAAGUUCUUGUUCGAAGGCAAGGAGCCUUUGGUAAAUGCGCUUAUUGGUGGUCUCGGCCACCCUCUCAUCCACCUCGGAUACGCAUACGAAAUCGACAGCAAGGAGGUUGCCAUCGAGGCGCUCGGUCUUGCCACGACGAAUUACAACUUUUUCCACAAGUACCUUGAUCACAAGAAAUACUCGAAGCCCUCCUCAUUUAGCUCGAAGUCGACGUUCGAAAUCAUGGAUAAGCUGGCGAAGGACAAGCGAUUCGAAGGGCUGUUCAAGGAGCCAAAUGCGGAGAACAUUGAGCCGUUGUUCGAGAAGCACGAGGAUCUUGUGCUGGAGUACUGGAAUGCGUGGAACAUCACAGACCCCGUGAAGCAAUUUGAAGAGUCUCAGGAGCUGGCCGUGGCGCUGCUCGUGGCUACCGUGCCACGAGGCACCCACGCCUAUAACUUCUUCACAGUCCACCUGCUGACGACGAGCCACGCCGUGCGAAUCCUCAUCCCAUUCAUCCCGACCAAGUUCCACGUGAGCCUGGUCCGGCAAUGGUGGCUGUUCACCCUCGUGGUGUACAUCGUCCUCCUGCGACCGAAGAUCGAUCCUGACAACGUCGAUACGGACCUGAAGCAGCGACACUGGGGCCACGUCGAGGAGGCGGCCCUGAACUCGCAGUGGGCCAAGGACGCUCACUUUGUCAAAGGUACCUCUUCAGAUGCUGAAGCAAGGGACUCGUAUCUAAUGGUCACAGCCAUUCGUGCCAUGAAGGAAGCCGCGAGGACGUGGGGCGAUGUCCACGAGCGGUACCUCGCCUCUGCGCUGACGUUCGUCGAUAAUUUCCACGGAUGGACGUUCUAA